UGUUAGUAGCAGUAUUGUUGAAAGAUGGACUGGAACACAAUGAAGACUGCUGUAAUCCUAUGCUCCUUUAUUUCUACAGUCUUGAGUCUUCCAAUAUCUCUUGAUACGAGCUGCAAACAGGAGAUGAGCAAUACUGGAUCUUCAGUAGUCUCCUGCACUUUUGAGUUUACCAACAGAGGACGUGAAGGAUACUGUCUACUGAAAAGGAACACUCCUCUUGAAGGACUAGCCUCUCCAUUCAUUACAGUGUCUCAUGAUGGAGUCCCCUUGGAGUACCAGGGGAUUGACUUUUACCGGUUUCCCCCUGAGAGACAUGACUUUGUUUAUCUUUCAAUGGGAGAGAGUAUCACUGCUACAGUUCACAUAAAUGACAUGUUCACCUUUUCUUCUGACGGAAUAUACAAGAUACAGUAUACUCAUCCUUUGUGGUACUUUCCUAAAAAUAAAAUGGGUUCUCAUAUUGGAGAGAUAAAGGCAAUCAAAUCAAUUUUAAGUAACGAACCAAUUUACAUUAACAUCAAGAACCUGCAGCAGCUCUCUCGUCCAGUAAAGAAGGAGCUGUUUAAAGAUGAAGGAGUUCAGUUGGAGGUCAAAGGAUGUGGAAUGGUAACAUUAUUGAAAGGUAGCAAGAAAGAAAGGAACAGUGUCCUUACAGUACAGAAGAGACUUUGCUCUCAGUUGAAGAAGACAAGAAGUACCAUCAGUAAUAGUGACCUCUACCGGGUCUGGUUUGGUGAAUAUAAUGAGGAACGUAGCAAUAAAGUUAGAGAAAUAUUUCAAAAUAUAAUCGAUGGUUUAUCAAGUCAUGGUAUUACUUAUGAUUUGAAUGGUGACCGCUGUACUCCUGCUGUUCCAGCCUACACUUUAACCAAUGUACCGUCGACCGUCUACCUCUGUCCUGUGUUCCAUCAGUUUGUAACGACCAUGGAUUGUACUAAUAUUGGCAUUUCAUCAAAGGAGAGUAUCAUUCUUCACAAGUUGUCUCAAGUAUUUGGAUCCACUCAAAAUUACAAUGUCUAUGGUCAAGAUAAUAAUAAAGAAUUGGCGGUGACCAGUCCUGAAGCAGCUGUCACUCAUUCAGAUUCAUACGAGUGCUACUAUUGUCAUUCUUAUGGACACUUUGAUCACAUGAUUUACAUGUGAUGUGAUUUAAAUUGAUUACAUAAUAUUAUAUAUUUUGAUUAAAAUGAGCUCAAAAUGUACGUAUGAAUCAAAAAUGUAUUAU